UCGUUCGUUUGGGUUGAUGAGCUAGUUUCAGUUGCUCCAUCGUUCCAGUGGCCCAGUGCGUGAGGCAGCAGGACAUCUGUGACAACACCAUCUCCUGCAGAACCUCAAGCACCAUCAACCUCAUCAGCGGCAGAAACUCCGCAGUUACAUGCUGUCGUUGGGGCUAACAUGCGCAGUAGGACAGUCGUUCCGCCCAAACCGGAGUUUAAGAAGAAUCAUCCCCAUCAGAUCCACCAUUCUCGACUCUCCUAUUUACAUUUCUACUCUCCAACGGCUUUCUCGCCUUCGUAGCCUUCGUUCUCUCUCGAAAUUCCACAGUAGCUGCUCUGAUCCCCCUCUCCUUACGAAAGCAAGCAGGUUUUCAGUUCUGAUGGAGGAGAAGACCAUUUCCGAGCAAAAGCUUUACACAAGAAUGCGACUAUGGGAAUUGCCAGAUCAGUAUAUCAUCGAGCCGACGGAUGGAACUUUUGAUUCCUAUUUAGCUAUCAGUCGUGUGGAUGGGUCAUUGAACCUGAUUGAGGACCUUCCACAUGCGAGCUUUGUUCGGGCUCCAAAGAUACGAACUGUAUUUGGUGUGAUUGGAAUGCUGAAACUUGUAGCAGGGGCAUAUGUAGUAGUCAUAACGGAACGCGAAUGUGUUGGCUCUUAUUUGGGGCAUCCUAUCUUCAGAGCUUCAUCCUUACAGAUUUUGCCGUGCAACCAAUCUCUGAGAAGUUCUUCAGCAGAACAGAAAAAGCUGGAGACUGAGUUUUCUGUGCUCCUAAAUGCUGCAGAGAGAGCUUCUGGUCUUUACUUCUCUUAUGAUGUCAAUCUAACACUAAGUGCUCAACGGUUACAUGACUUGGGCAAUGAGUCAAAGUUGCUUCCUCUUUGGAGACAGGCAGACCCAAGGUAUCUCUGGAACAAUUACAUGUUAGAGGUGCUCAUAGAGAAAAAGCUUGAUCCGUACUUACUUCCCGUUGUCCAAGGAAGUUUUCAGAACUUCCAAGCAGCAAUUGGAAAAGAUAUCAUCGAUGUUACUCUGAUUGCAAGGAGAUGCACAAGGAGAACAGGUACUCGAAUGUGGAGAAGAGGAGCUGAUCCAGAUGGCUAUGUUGCAAACUUUGUGGAAACUGAACAAAUUAUGCACUCAAAGGGAUAUACAGCAUCUUUUGUACAGAUUCGAGGGUCUAUUCCAGUAUUGUGGGAGCAGAUAGUUGAUUUGACUUACAAGCCUAAAUUUGAGAUUGUGAGACCUGAGGAGGGGCCUCGUGUAGCUGAGCGCCACUUUUUGGACUUGAGAAAAAGAUAUGGUUCAGUCUUAGCUGUUGACCUUGUCAAUACGCAUGGAAGUGAAGGACGGUUGAGAGAAAAGUAUGCAGAUGCAAUGCAGAACAUUUUUAGUGAUGAUAUAAGAUAUGUACACUUUGAUUUUCAUCAGAUUUGUGGUCAUAUUCAUUUCGACCGCCUUUCCAUCCUCUAUGACCAAAUUGCAGACUUCCUUAAGAAAAAUGGGUACUUUAUGUUGAAUACAAAUGGUGAGAGAGUUAAGGAGCAACUUGGUGUUGUAAGGACGAACUGCAUUGAUUGUCUGGAUCGUACAAAUGCCACCCAGAGCAUGAUCGGAAGAAAAAUGCUGGAAAGUCAACUUCAACAGAUAGGGAUUUUUGAAGCUGAUGAAACUAUCGGCACACAUCCAAAUUUUGAUGAAAGCUUUAAAAUAUUAUGGGCAAAUCAUGGAGAUGACAUAAGCCUUCAGUACUCUGGUACGCCUGCUUUAAAAAGAGAUUUGGUCAGAUAUGGAAAGCAGACUAUCCCUGGAUUGCUGAUGGAUGGUUGGAAUGCCAUGUCCCGCUAUUACCAGAACAAUUUCGUUGAUGGAACAAAACAGGAUGCUAUUGAUCUCAUACAUGGGCACUACAUUGUUUCCGUCAACCGUGGUAUGACAUCUCCAUCACAAAAAGAAAGUCUUGACCCUGUUGUGUCACUAUCGGUGGCAUCAGCAAUGGUCCUGGCUGGGGUCAUUUUUGCAACCAUGUCGCUGAGGCAAGCUAGAUACGACCUUCGACAUCUAUUGCUUUCAGCUAUUUUUGUCGGUGUGAGUUUCAGCAUUGCCUCAUUUGUGAAAGCCAAUGGCCGGAAGUUCUGCAGCCGGCCUCGCCUUAACAAGCCUGCAAGUUGAUUUUAUGGUAAGAAAUGUGUCAACAAGUCACGCUGCAUACAGCUCGGUGUAGCAGCAUUUUCUUCUUGUUUCUUGUUUUCCCUCCAAUAUUUAUUAUUUUUCUUUGGACAGUUUAGCUUCGCUGGUGUGCUAUUUAAAACCCUUUUUUGGCUAUAAUCCUUCUUGUAUUCCAUUGGAUUUGGGACAUUGGCUUCCCAACCAUAUCGAAAUAAGAAGCUUUUUUCAUGCA